CGUUGAAAUAGUGUUAAUGAGUUACAAUUCAUAUCUGACUUUGAGAAAGAUCAUAGUUUAGCGUUUUUAGAUUUUUAUGCUUAUAUUAAGUGGAGGUUGCUCCAUCUAGAUUUUCUUCAAACGUUCCCAGUUUGUAAAGGAUACUUCGAAGUAUAUGUCCUGAAGUCUUCUCAGCUCACUUACCUUCAUUUAGCUGAGAAAAAAAUUAAUUACUUAAAAGCACGAGACUAUUUAAUAAGUUUCCUAUCCAUUCUCCAUUUCAUCAUAAAAACUUGGUUCUUGCCUUGAUCGAUAGAGAAAUGUGUAGAGAAUAUUUACUAAGAGAGAAUAUGUAAAAGUUUUUGUUCUUUCUUUCCUGUUAUUGACUAAUUAGUGCUAAUUAACUUUAAUUUAGCCUAUUCUACUAGCUUAGAGUUUCAUUUGUAAAAUACCAACUCAACGAAAAAAUUCAAGUAAUAUCUCAUCUGAUACAGAAUUUCAGGGGCUAUAAGAGAUACUAUCUUAAAAUUCUUAGAAUACGUUUUUACUGCUCAGAAAGUCUAGUAACUCAGGAAUUUAACAAUACUUUUUAAAUAAUUAAUUUCUUUCUCAGCUAAAUAAUGCAAGUAAGCUGAGAAAGCUUCAGGACAUAUAAUUCGAAGUAUCUCAAUUUUUUAAGUUUUAAAAUUUCGUAUUCUUCAAUUGAAAAAUCAAAAACAGAAAAUUUUAAAAAAGCUCUAAUGAGGGACUCCGGAAUUCGAUUCUGAACAACUUUUGCACUCAUAGUUUCCCUCCAAAAUGCUUGCUUUGAUCGCAACUGGUCGUGAGACCUUUUUUCAGAAUACUUUUAGCUCUAAAAUUUCCUUCAGAAGACGAAAGUUAAAUUUCUGCGUUAAACUUCAUUGGGAAACGAUGAAAAGUAUUUCUCCUAAUACAAGUUAAUGUUCUCUAUCGAACUACGCUAGAAUCAACUCUUCAUAUCAAAAAUUAAAGUUCUUAUUGAAAUUUUAAAAAUACGGCAAAAAACUUUAAAAACUUUUUUAAUCAAAAACUACAAAUGUGGAAACCGAAAGCUUUGAUGGAAUAGAUACUCCGAAGUGUCCUCUACAAACUAGUGAAAGCACAUUCGAUGGAAGGACCCCCCUAAUUUGUAUAGAAAAGAAACAGCUAGUACAUGCCUAUAUGUUUAUGAGAAAGUUUUCAAAUUUAGAAAAAUUAUGCAUUAAUUUGACUUGUAGAUCACAUGAAUUAGCUUAUUUGGACGGUCAACAAUGGCAUAUUGACGACGGUGAUGAAGACUCUUCACAUUACGAUAUUAAUGAUCAACAGUUUCAAUUUUCAAAAUUAUGUCAACUACCAAAACUACGUUUUCUAUCGUUUAAUGGGACAUAUUCAGAGGCCAAUGUAUAUUUAUAUUUAUUCAUAGAACAAUUAUUACAGGUAACAACAAACCUCAAUUCCAUUCGAAUCAGUUGCUCGUGUGAUGACUUGGUGAUGGAUUAUGAGGUUAUAGAUCUAUUGGAAAAAUCUCGAACACCAUACCUAAAACAAGUAAUAAAUUUUACUGCUGAUUAUAAAUAUUUCCCUGGUGAAUCGUUUUUACGUAGAUGGGCAAUUUUAUUACCAUCAUUAAAAUUUAUUUGUUUAAGUAGUACUGAUAUUCACGGGUACAGAAGCAAAUACGUUGCUGAUUUGGUUAAUGCUUCAAUUGAAUUAUUUCCGAACUUGAUCUAUUUAAAAUUAGGAUUAUGGGUAUUCUCAAUGCACAGAAUGCCAAUGAUGUUUUAUAGUUUAAGGAAUGAUCCAAAUUUAUGGUUAAAACGAAAUACAAUACUAAAAUCUAUGAGUGAUAAAGAAUUUUAUGCUCAAUUUAAUACAAACUUAUCCGAGGGUAAUUUAGAAAUCUGGCUUUAA